AUGGCAUCCUCUUCUGGACUGGAAAUUUCAAGACGUAAUCCUCAAGAUGAAUAUGAACUUAUCCAGCGCAUUGGUAGUGGUACCUACGGAGAUGUGUACAAGGCACGAAGAAUUAGUACUGGUGAAUUAUCAGCUGUCAAAGUCAUCAAAUUAGAACCUGGAGAUGAUUUUGCUAUAAUUCAGCAAGAAAUACUCAUGAUGAAGGGUUGCAGGCAUCCAAAUAUUGUAGCCUACUUUGGAAGUUAUCUGAGGAGAGAAAAGCUUUGGAUAUGUAUGGAGUAUUGUGGUGGUGGUUCUUUGCAAGAUAUUUAUCAUCUAACUGGACCACUGGCUGAACUACAAAUAGCAUAUGUUUGUUGUGAAACAUUGAAGGGCUUAGGUUAUUUACAUUCAAUGGGGAAAAUGCAUAGAGAUAUUAAAGGAGCAAAUAUACUCCUUACUGAAAAUGGAGAUAUUAAAUUGGCUGAUUUUGGAGUUUCAGCUCAGAUAACUGCAACUAUUAGCAAGCGGAAAUCAUUUAUAGGUACACCAUACUGGAUGGCGCCUGAAGUGGCAGCUGUAGAAAGGAAAGGAGGCUAUAAUCAGCAAUGUGAUAUAUGGGCUGUGGGUAUAACGUCAAUUGAACUUGCCGAACUUCAGCCGCCGAUGUUUGAUUUGCACCCAAUGCGAGCAUUAUUCCUUAUGUCUAAAUCUGGAUUCAAACCACCUACGCUCAAAGAUAAGAAUAAAUGGUCACCAGUGUUUCAUCAUUUUAUCAAGGUAGCGUUAACAAAAAAUCCUAAGAAAAGGCCAACAGCAGAAAGAUUGCUGCAGCAUCCCUUUGUUCAAGGAGACUUAGGAAAGCAUUUAGCUCGAGAACUUCUUGAUAAAUUCAGUAACCCACAACAUAACUUUAUAGAACUGGAUCCUGAUGAUGAAGGAGUUUUAAUGAAUGUACCACAGAGAAUUCCUUCAAAGCAAUCUGGAAGAAGUAGACAAAAAACACAGUCGGAACUUAAUUUUGAAAGUGUUAGUUUUGACCUUCCUUUGUUGUCAGAAUUAUCAACUUCAAAUGAGAAAGAAACAGUGGUAGAACCUCCAUAUGACUUAGCUACUGCUUGGAUGGAGCAAGAUUUAGAAUCAGACGUUAUAUGCAAGAGUCUUUUGGAAGUGGUAGAUGAAGAACUUUUGCAAAGGGGACAUACUGAACGCUUAGCUGAUUUGGAUGAUGAUUACAAGUAUUGUCAGCAAGCUACAUUGCCUAUGAGUAAUAGCCAAGAAACAUCAAAACAUAAUGAAUCUAAAGUUAGAGCGGUUUCUGAUAUUAUCUAUGGAAACAGAGAAAAUUGUCUUUCAACUGAUAUGACUAAUGGCAGAGAUAUUGGACAAAAUAGACUAUCAUCCUUGAUGGAUGAAUUAUCAAACCACUUUUCAUCAGAAUUACAAGAUCUUCAUAACUCUGUGAGCACCUCUCAAAAUGGCUCUUUAACUCCAAAAAGCAGUCCAAGACUUAAUGUUAAAUCUCAAAACAACAAUCGGAAUAGCAUUAGCGAAGACGAUGAUAAAGAAAAUACUCAAGAAGAUAAACAAAUACCUCAAGCUCCACCUCGAAGAAGAAAUCAAAAGAAAAAUAUAUCUCCAAAGCCUGCUAGUAAUGGCCUGCCACCCACACCAAAAGUGCAUAUGGGUGCAUGUUUUUCCAAAGUAUUUAAUGAAUGCCCUUUGCGAAUUAACUGUACCUCUACAUGGAUACAUCCUGAAACACGAGAUCAGCAUAUAUUAUUUGGUUGUGAAGAAGGAAUUUACACUUUGAACAUGAAUGAGUUGCAUGAUGCAUGCAUGGAUCAGUUAUAUCCCCGACGUACAACAUGGAUGUUUGUUGUUAAAGAUGUACUUAUGACUUUAUCAGGAAAAACUCCCCAGUUGUACCGCCAUGACUUAUUGGCACUCCAUACCAAACAAACUCAUAGAUUUUCAUUAUCUAUUAACAAAAUACCUGAAAGAUUUGUUCCUAGACGGUUUGCAACAACUUCUAAAGUUCCUGAUACGAAAGGCUGCAUUAAAUGUUGUGUGGGAAGAAAUCCAUAUAAUGGUUACAAGUAUUUAUGUGGUGCAACAUUGAAUGGUUUAUUUCUAAUGCAGUGGUACAAUCCUUUAAACAAGUUUAUGUUAUUAAAACAAUUUGAAUGUUGGGUGCCAUCUAAGCUAUCAAUAUUUGAAAUGAUCAUAUCACCUGAUAUGGAGUACCCAAUGAUAUGUGUUGGAGUGAGAAAAGGAUAUGACAGAGGAAAUCUCAAAUUGGAUAUGAUUAAUCUAAAUUCAACAGCCAGUUGGUUUGGUGAAGACAGUGAUGGAACAGAUACGAUUGUUCCUCGGCAUGACUCAAUUGAUGUCAAUAGUGUAUCCCAGUUGGAAAAAGAUACAAUACUUGUGUGUUCUGAGAACAUUGUGAAAGUUGUGAAUUUGCAAGGCAAGCUGAAAUCAAGCCGUCAGCAACCAGCAGAGUUACAUUUUGAUUUUCCUGUUGAAUCCAUUGUGUGUCUGACUGAUAGUGUCUUAGCGUUUCAUAAACAUGGAAUUCAGGGCCGUAGCUUUAAAAAUAAUGAAGUUGUCCAAGAAAUAAAUGACAGCAGCAGAAUAUUUCGUAUGCUUGGUGCUGAUAAUGUUGUUGUUCUGGAAAGUAGACCCACACAUGACUUGAAAAGUCCAUCAAAUCUUUAUAUUUUAACUGGUCAUGAGAACAGCUAUUGA